AUGGCGGCAGUGGAACCAGCUCAGGGGCUGGUGACCUUCGAGGAGGUGGCUGUGUAUUUCACCAAGGGGGAAUGGGCUCUGCUGGACCCCGCUCAGAGAGUCCUCUACAGAGAUGUCAUGCAGGAGAACUAUGAGAAUGUGACCUCGCUGGGGUUUCCAGUUUCCAAAUCCUAUGUGAUCUCCCAGCUGGAAGGAGGGGAAGAGCCGUGGAUCCUGGAUCUCCAGGGUUCAGAGGAAAGUGAGAUCUUGAGAAGUCCCUGCACAGCAGGUGAUGGGGUGGUGAGGGAGAACGAGGAGCAGAAUCCUCACCAGGAAGAUGUGGUGCUAGUAGAACCACAUGGGGCAUUACUGUGAAGAUCCAAAGGGAAUGUGUCCAGGCACCAUGAGCUGGGAAAAGCUGGUGAAAGUUACCACAGACCAGAGAGAGAGCAGGGAAACCACUCAGAGGAGAUCCGAAGAAGUGG